GCCUUCAGCCUUCCUCAGAGUGUGUGUAUAAUUAACAGGUGUAGAUAUAAUUAGUUAGUGAAGUUGGGAGAAAUCAAAAGAACCAUUACAGGGGGACCUACAAAAACAAAGAAUAUGAAAUAAACAACUAAAUGAACAAAAAAAUAAAUAAUAAUAAUCAUACUAGUAAUGAUUACUAGUAAAAGCUAAGUGUAGUUUACGUUAUAUCAGCUGAAGAGUAACUUAGCAUGGAGCACUGCAUUAUGUGUACUUUUUUACAUGCAUAAUGUGUGAGCUCUAGAAGAUGACAUUUUCUCUCGAUCAUCAUGGUUCACCCACAACUUCACUGUAAUGUGUCAGUAAUAACAAUGUAACUUUGCCUAAAGUUACUGCACAUAAAGUUUCCUUUAAAUCUGGGACGAGGAACCCCAGACGCAUGUUACAUGCCUUUUAGCUGUCAUACAGGAAAUUGGAAAAUCUUGAAUUUUUAUUGUAUUUAUAAGAAAAUGGGAACGUCUCACUAUUGGGGUACUCUACUCUACUCUAUACUCUACACUACAUAAUUAACAUUUUCUGUUCUCCCUUGCAGAUCCUGUCAAACGAGUCACCUGUCCAAACAUUGAUACACCUGAUUUACCGAACCCAAAGGCACUUUUAAGAGCCAACCUCUAUCUCUAUCCAUCUAUCUAUCUAUCUAUCUAUCUAUCUAUCUAUCUAUCUAUCUAUCUAUCUAUCCAUCUAUUUAUCCAUCUAUCUAUCUAUUUAUCCAUCUAUCUAUAUAUCGCAGCCUCUCUGUAUACAGUACAUCUGUCUGUUUGUGUCUGUCUGUCUGGCUCUGUGUUCAUCUGUCUGUCUGUAUCUGUUUGCGUUGCAAUGGCCUCCAAACGUAAACUUGACUCCCAGGAUCCUCACUACCAAGAGGGGAGAUGCGUGGCUCUUGAACUGAAACUAGACCGUGUUCUAGCUGAAGCCAGGACAGCAGCUGUGGAGAGGAAACGUGCACGCUCUGCAGGAGACCCUCCACAGACCUCUAAAAGGGAGUUUUUAGGACAUGGCAAGCCGAGGGGGAGGCAAGGAGGGCGACGCCAAGCUGCAGCUACAGUCACACACACCCCGGUCGAAUGCUCCUGUCAUCCAGUGUGGAGGUUCCACUCACUGCACCCUCAGCAGAACUCAAUCCUCAAGAGCAAUUUGAAAAAAAUAUGGAGAGGCUUUCCGAUAUUUUGACGUCUUAUCCUUCUGCUGAGCCUCAGAAAAGCUCUGCAUCAUCAUGGUCUUUUCGGCAGCAGAAAGCCUCAGAGCGCUGGAAAGAAGCAAGACCAUACCACCUAAAAUGCCUUAUUGCAACAAGAGGCUGUUGGUCAGCCAUUGUGUUGGCUUUGCCAUGAGCCUGCUGUUAUUAGGUGCAGAGAGUGUCUUCCUGAGGAGUGGUUCUGUGGAGACUGUGAUGUAUUGCAUCACAAAAAACAGCCACUCCACAACAGGGAAUGUGUGAUUCAUGGGUUUUUUGAAGCCAUACCUCCAACCUCAUGCGUCAUUAAAGGGCGAGAUGGAUAUUGCAUCCAUGAGCAAGCUUGCAUUUUGCCAACAGUGAAGGCGCCAGGCUGCUCCUGUGAAGGCACAAACUUCACCAUAUUUCCGGGCAAACCAGUGAUUUUAAUUACCAUCAAUGGGCGUUUUGACUUGCAUCAGCCACUUCGUGUAUGUCAAACGUGCCAGCAUCAGUGGACCCCUGACUUGAAGGACCUCCUUAGGAGUGGAUAUUGGCCAGCCUCUGUCACCAGCUCUACACUUUAUACACUGGACCUCCUCAACUCCUUUCAGGAACUCAAGGUCAUCUCUCCAGGAUUCUCCAGACAAGCCUUCGCAAAGAUUGGAGGAAGAUCUGGACAAAUCAACGGAGAUACACUACAGCGCAGCUUCUUAGAGUUUUCAUAUGCUUCAUUUGAGGAAGACCAGCUCUGCUGUGGUGCUCCUUUCACCUGCCCAGCCUGCACGCCGGAAAUGUUGGCUGUUUCAGCUGAUGGAAACAGAAAGCUAUAUCGCUUUCGCCGAGACACAAGCUCUGAUGAUCCUGCCUUUUUUGAGGGGCUCUUUGUGGCUGAAGACGUUGCGGUGUCUAGAUUUGUGGAAACCAUACAGAAAGCAGUGAGAAAUACACAGGGAAAAGGCACAUGUGGGGACUCCCAGUGGACAGCAGCGAGGGAGACAUCAAGGAGGGCUUCCAAAUUGGAUGAAGAGGGGAUGGAGGUUGCAGUGUGUCGCCACGGAUUCCUUCUGAAAGCUCUUAAUAUGUACAGGGGGGAGAUAUUUGCCUACCCUCUGUAUCUUCAGAAGGAGCUCAUGCCAGCCAAGGCACAAUUCUUUGCAAUGGAUGUGGCUUGCAAAUAUUGGCCAUACUUGGAGAAAGCUGCUAGUGUCCUUCCUGCUCUUCAAGAUCUGACCACAAUGAAACCUUUCCUCAGUGUGAUGCAUGCUCGAGCCCAUGCUACUAAGUGUGAAAUUAAAUGGAGUGGUAGAAACCAGGAAGGAGCAGGGACAACCGCCGGUGAGGAGGUCGAGCAAGUGAACAGCUACCUCUCACGUUGUGCCCUGACAACCAAAUAUAUGUCCAAAGCAGCACGGGUAGACAUGCUUACAUUGCAUGCAAUGGGGUGGAACCACAAAAAACGUCUCUCUCUACAUCAGUCACUUUCAACAAGAUAUGUGAAGACUUGCCAGAGACUCCAGGAUGAAACAGCAAGGCUAGCUGAACUAAAAACAGAGUUACUUUGCACAGAUGAAGUGGUGGCACAGUGGCUUUCUGAUGUGAAGGAAUGGGCAGCUGGCGAGACACCAAAUACAUCUCAUAGCAGUCAAGGCACCGCACACAGAGGACUUCAGCAGUCGAUUGAGGGGCUUUACCUUAGUGUGAGGCAGCGGAAGCAAACCCUUUACCGUCAGAAUGACAGCAGCAAGCUUCGCCACCGCCUUCGAAGGAAGCUGGCAGAAGACAAAAAGCUCCUUCUUCAGGAGAUAGAGAAAUACAAUAGUCUUGUACUAGACUCUGCCACUAACAUUGAUGUAGCUGUGGUGGAGCAUUCCCUGACUGGAGAGAGCACUGUGUCUCAAAUAUGGCUGUGGGAGGUUCAUGGCAGUGCAAACAUUUUGAUCAAGAAACAACUGCAUGACCAAGUGAUGUUGACAGUGCGACUGCAAGAAGAAAAAGCAUUUUGGUGUUGGAGAUGGCACAACACUGCACAUGGUUGCAGAGCUGGCGGUGGUUCUGAAGAACAAGAUAGCUGA